AUGUCUAAUAAACAGCAGAAGAAAAGGAAAAAGCCGUCCGAAAUAUUCGAUUUAGAUAACAUAGUUGCUGGCUUAAGAUCGAAUGUUUCGUUCGUUGAGAAAAUCCAAGAGCACAUCACAGCGCUUCGUGAUGUUAAUCUUGAGCACGUGUUGGCUGAGAAAGUUAAGCUCACCGAAGAAGAUGCCUUAACUCUUGCGGCAAUGAAAAUUGGCCACCACGGUAUUAUUGUUUUAAGGGAAGCAUUGCAGCAUGUCCCUGCUAAUCUUACUCGUUGUACGAAAGGUUCGUCUAUGCGUUUUAGCUACGUGCUAAAAAUUUUUAACGCUUUGGCUCUCAAUCGCAAUGGAAUCAACUCGACGCAGUCGACGGCGCUUUCGAAAGAAGACGAUGUUCGAUUGAUGUGCGUGUUUUUGGAAUCGUACUGCCCAGAAUUUUUGUCAAUGAAAGCGUCAACGACAGCGACAAAUACGAACGUGUGGGAUCUUUCAAAAAGAGAACAGAUCAAUUUUAAUAAGUUUUUAACGCCGCCUAUUUCCAACUGUUUACGUUGUCACAAACAAUUGUCAAUGCACAACAACCUGUCAAAGGCAACUUUGUUUACUUCCGAAGGCCCAAUUCCGUGCUCAAAAAUAUCUCUCGAGUGCAGGGACUGUUCAAUUAAAUACGGUGUUGCCAACUACAGCGAAGAAAAAGGUAUGCAUUUUUACCCCGAAGAGUUGGAAGUCGAUGAGAUCGAAGUGAGCAACGUCACAUACAUCGACAGGAAAUUAUAUCGUUGGAUUCCAUCCCUUAGGUAAGGAAUUUCUUUGUUAAAUAUUUAAUAAGCCGAGAACUUAGUAAAGCUGCGCCUAAGCUGCGCCUAAAACCAUUAGGCUAUAAACGGCAGAAUUGCUGGAUGUAACCGCGAACAAUUACGUUUCAUGUUUUAAACUAACUAUAUAAUUAGUAUAUUACUACAUAUUUUGUUUCAUUUAUACAUUUUGUUUUCCACAAAAAGUCUUGCUGAUGUAUUUCAUUUGUCUGAGCUGGCUGCAAUGACGGGUUUCAUUUGUCUGAGCUGGCUGCAAUGACGGGUGCAAGUGCACCCCUAACCUUUUGUAUUCACAACGUUGCCGUUGUAAUUUGCCAAACUCCCUAUUCACGACUUUGAGGGUGCAGGGCAGGUACAGACUAUACAACAGGUGCAUAGGUGAUUUAACACAAACAGAUUUAACACAAACAGAAUAAAAGAUUAUUUUAAAAGGUCCUAAAUUUAUGGUAACCCCUUUUGUUAAAAAUAGGUCAGUAAUUUGCCAGCUUGUUGACUGUUGUCUGUAAUUUAAGUAUGACCCGAAAUUGUUGAUUUGAAAUUGAAUUCUAGCAAUCAUUGUUGGGUGUCCUUCAGUGGGUUUUCAGAGGCAUACAACAAUGUGAAUGCAGAAGAAAUUGAGCAGUUUUGUGCAGUUGUACAUGGUAAGUCAGAAUUUAAACUUUUUUCUAUAAAUUUGAUGUAAUGUCCAGUUUAUUUGGUCAUCUCUGAAUAACAUAUCCAUGUAAUUAGGCUGUUACUCAGUAUAGUCAUUUUAUAAGCCGUGGGAUCAGGGUUUUCAGUUUAGGGAGUUUCGCCAGACUUUUUCAUUUGGCCCACCUAAAUUCGCCAGAGCUUUUAUAUCAAUAUAUAAUCCAUGUGCACGAAUUGAUUGUAAACUCAGGUGCAGUCCACAUAGUUUUAAAUUAGGCUUUUCCCUUUCGCCAUAGCUUCAUCACCAUUAACCAAAGCCUCACACAAAACUGAAAACCCUGUGUGGGGUACUUAGAAUUACUAUGUAUUCAUGCCUCUCUCCUCCGCAGAGGCCUCUGUUGGCUGUGAUCAUGAUAAGUAUUGAGAUACAUUUCACAACACUUUACAUGGAGGAUUUUGGAACACGAGUGGGGCCGCUGGGCGAAGGAGCCUUCAUGCAUAGACAUUGUAGUCAAAGCUGAAAUGGCCUGAUCAGUGCUUUGCUGUAUUUGUGAUGUCAUAUUAGCACUGUUUGGCCUCAGUUGUGGACAUAAAUAACCGUAGUCCCACUUGGGCAAAAGUUUGCCAUUCCUAUAAUUAUUUACUGAUAUAUGAAAAAUGAUAACACAAAAUUUGGGGAGGCAAUUUUGGGGUGCAUUUGCAACUGUUGAGAGUAAAUUACUUCUAUAAUUGUCACUAAUUGUGAAUGAUGUCUGGUUAUUAAUAUAUUGGUCUUUGUCGCCAUAUAUAGGUCAUCCAACGUUAACUGAACCAAUAAGUAUUGAGGAUACAUCGACUGAAAAUGGUGGUAUGUAUUGAUUUUAUUAACAUGAAAAUCAAAACAGCUGAUUCUUGCUCAUUCCUCCCUACAAAUGACAUCUGAGCAACGAGACAAGAAGUUCCAAAUAACUGUCACUACUCAGAUCGCUGAAUACUUGAAUAGAUCUGUUUGGCUACAUUUUAAAUCAAAGUGUGAUUAAAAUUGAAAACAUAUACUUUAAUAACCUCGUAUCCAGCCGGUAUUAAGCCGCAUAUCUCGGUGGGCAAUACUGUUCACCUCAGGAGAACGUUGGAAAUCACCGCCAUGUCAGGAAAACAAUGGUGGAAACUUUUCCUUGAUGAAACAAAACAAAACAAAAGGUUUUCAUUUAAAAAAUGCGGUAAUUUCAAGAAAGAACAAGCAAGUUCACAAAAUUAAGUGUUAAUUUGCAAUAUGUUUUUAAAUGUUUCUGUUGCAUAAAUUAAUCUAUUUGAAAAAACAGAGUGCUUCUAGUGUCUGUAUAUUAAGCAUUUUGCAACAAACAAUAUAGUUUCUAGCUUGCAGUGAUACAUACUGUAAGUGAUAAUAUUGUAAAUAAUAAUGUCACUCAGAGUAGAGACUUUAAUUAACCCAAAUGUUGAGUGGCAAUUGCAGCACUCUCCACUUGAAGAGUAAAAUCGUCUGGUGUUAGAAUGAGUAACAUCCUAAAGUAGGGUGCAUUGCCACAUAAAGGGUUAUUAUAAUGAGGUCUGAAAAUUAUAUAGGUCUGACGAUUAAUUUUAUUAUUUUAGGAUGUUUCUUUAAAACGUUAAUUAAACUUCAAAUUUUAAUACAUGUAUGUGUAAGCAGUAUAACCCUGGUAUAUGAAUCAUAUGUAAAGGUUGUCAGCUCAUAUACAAAAUAUUGUAACAAAUUAAUUUGCCUGGCAUAAAACUCACAGGAAUCUGGUAAAUUGUAGCAAUAAAAUAUUUCUAGAGAACAUUUUUAUUUCAUGGAAAUAUCACAAAAGUAAACACAAAUCAUAACUCUACUGGUAUAUUUUAGAAUUCAUGAUUUUUGUUUUGACCCAACAAGGGUUUUAGUGAUAUGCAGAAAUACUUCCAAAAUCUGGGAGUGUUUGAGUUUCACAUGACCACUGUUUACCAGGGUAUUGCAGGGUUUACCAAGGUAUGUGGGGUACCCUGGAUACAAGGUUACUAUUAUAUUUAUGAGUGCAUUUUUUCACAUGUCAUCAUUGUAAUGCCGACAACCUUAAAUCUGCCAAGUUUAGUUAAUUAUUAAUCAAAUUAUUUACACUUGUAUAUAAUUAUAAUAGGUGUAUCAGGUAUAUUGCCAGGAGAGCUGUCAGCAAAGGCUGUUGCACAAAGUUUUUGGCAUCGAGAAGUAGAGGGAGAACUGCAAGAAAUUGGAUUGCGGGAAAAAUGGAUUUUUGCAAGCGAAAAAAGCAGUGAAUUAAGUGGUACCUAUGAUGAUGCCAUGAAGUUUAUUGAUGCAAUUCGAUGUGAUAGCUUAUAUUCACAUGAAUGUUCUGCAAAUUGCAAAGUCAAAGGUAGUUGGAAUACAUGUACUGUAAAUGUAUGACAAAUGGUGUCUUUUCAACAUGCAUGGAUUUGAGGGGUUAUUAGUGCAUAAUCCUCUUAGGCCCCGUUUACAUGAGACCGGGACGAUUAGUCAAACCGGAAUGAAAAUUGAAAUUGUCAACAUGUUUACAUGAGACCGGUACGAAGAUCACAAAAUUUUCAAUUUAUUCCCCUUUAGAUGGAUUUUGUUAGCAUGUGUUGUUCCAAUGUCAAGGUUACAGCCGAGACCAGUCUGAAAUGUAUUUGUGUUUACAUUCAUCUCAGUCUGAAUUCAUGUCGGUCUGAAGUCAGUCGGUUCGGUCCAGCAGGCGGAAUGACUUGAGACCGGUCUGAGUUAUUUUCAUCCCGGUCUCAUGUAAACAUCUAUUAUAGAUAAUACUAUGACCGAAACGAAGUGGUCCCUGUUUGACUUCGAUCCGGUCUCAUGUAAAUGGGGCCUUAGAUUCCGAACAAGCAAACGUCAGCAGAAUAUAAUGCUGUACAAAAGCACCGUAAUGUUAAAUUAAUAGAAUUUGCCAUUCCCGGCAUCUCAGAAACCUAGACCAUUAGGGGCAUUUAAUAGUCUUGUACUUGCCAAUAUGUGCAAUUAACUCUGGACCAAGCUCAACUCGUUACCCAGUAUUGUUGACGUAACUCAGUUUGAGUUAUAAAUGAAGGCUCACCUCUUGAGGUUUUACUGCAGUGAUGGCAGCAUUCACUGUUCAGGUUUCCCAAUGUUGGCAACUAUGAUAAUAUAGUAUGAUUAAAUAUGUGCCUUUUGUUAUGUGCCUUAAGUUUUCAUUUCCCCCCCCCCCUCCCCUGUAAUUAAUGACUGGUCUUUAAACUCCCAAAAUCUAAUAAACUCCUUAUAAUUUGUUUCACAGAUAUUGUAUGUGUCAACAACUUGAUUUUAGUUUCGACAAAAUUUGCUUUGGGGUGCAUUGACAUAUUGACCAGCUGCAGAGACCUUAUUUAUACAUCAUUUUGACCAGAGACCUAUUGGCCAUUAUAUAAUCAGCAAAUGUAUGCAUCAUUCAAUAUUUUCCAUACUUAAUAUUUUAAUAGCUCAUUUGAAUAUUGUAUAUUGCAUUUACAGGAUGUGGAAAGUUAUUUGUAGCUGAUGGUAACUGGAAGUUGCGGUAUGCUCAUUGCAUGUGGAAGGUUCCAUUGAAGUUACCUGGGUUUGGAGAAAUAAAUUAUCCCAAAAUUUGCCCUUUAUCUCCAAAGCGUGGACAUGCAUUCUGUGAAUCUCACUGCAAACAAGCUAUAUUGCAAGGCUAUCCAAGCGAAUUGAGACCAUUUUUGAAGAAGUGUGGUGUUUCCAAAAAAGAAAUUGAUCAGGGUUAGUGUAAAAUGCUUUAUAUAGGUUAAGUUUUGUUGAAGAACUUAGUGUAGAUCUAGGUUACGUUUCUAUUGAAAAAAGUGUAAAAUGCUUAUGAAGGUUGUUAUAAUUUCUAUUUAAGAAAUUGUAAAUAAAAAAAAUAACAAUUUGAGGAGAAAUUGAAACAAUAUAUUGUAGCAUUUAUUAAGUCACUUGAGGUGUUGUAAUAUUUAGAUACACAAGAUAUUUUAAGUCUGCUUGUUGAUAUUUCUGAAAAAAAGAAAUUGUAGGUUAAAUUUAUUAAUACUGACAUAGUUUAAUUUUUGUUGUCUUUAGAUACCAAUUUUGAGUAUCAGGAAAUGUUUGACAUUGAAAAUAAAUUUAAUGAAUAUAAAUAUUUAGUCAAAUUUUGGUUUGACGUAUCAGUAAUAUUAGGAGUCAAUAAAUAAACCUGCAGUGAAUCAUAAUAGUAUUUAAAUAAGUAUAAUUAAGUAUUUAAAUAAUAUAAGUUAACUGUUUUCAUUCAAAUUGGAUUUUUAUUAUAGCUUUGGAAGAUAUGUCGGCACAUUUCUGCUUCGAAGGUAAGAACAUAAAUAUUUUGUUAUGGUGUAAAAUUACCAUACAAAUGGUCUCAGUUCUAUUGAUGGCUUAUCCAUGUCUUUAUUGUGUGACAUAUCAAUGGCUUUAAAUAUGGUCACUGAUCAUCAGUCAUUGUAAUAAGUCUGCAAUAACUGAUUGCAGACUUAUUUGUACAAUGACUGAUGAUCAGUGACCAUAUUGAUAGAUUGUUUGUGUUCAAAACAAUUGUUGACAAUUUUUUUUAGUAGGCCUCAGUAAUGCAUUAAAUAUCCUGACCUUUUCAUGUAUUUACUUUUUUAGACUCCUCUAUGGAGCAAAUUAAUAAAUGCCUUCAGGAGUGUGGAAAUAAAAGCUGCAGUACAAAUGAAUCUAAUGCUUCAACAUUUCAGGGUAAGUUUAUUAUAAUAUAAAGAUCAAGUUGUUAUAAAUUUCCUUCACAAUAAUGUACCAAUAGAUCUCAGCACAUAUUUAAGUAGCACAAGCAAUUUGAUUGACUGAGCAUAGUUUAUCAAGGUACAGAAUCAGCCAUAAUAUUCCCUUCAUCAGCAGUGCCACGGCAGGUACAAAACGCAGGUUGCAGGUUGGGAAUUUUGCAGGUUGGGAAUUUUGCAGGUUGGAAUUUUGCAGGUUGGGAAUUUUGCAGGUUGGAAUUUUGCAGGUUGGGAAUUUUGCAGGUUGGGAAUUUUGCAGGUUGGAAUUUUGCAGGUUGGGGAUUUUGCAGGUUGGGGAUUUUGCAGGUUGGAAUUUUGCAGGUCGCCAGGAAUUUUGUAGGUUGAUGAUGCAAACUUAAAAUUACACCACUAUAAAGUAUUCUAGUAUAAUUUAAUUGUGUACCGUACUUAUUGCAGUCUGACUCCUUGUCGGCACGUUUAAUAUCAGCCUAUCCUGCUACCAUGUUCCUAGCUUCUGCUCUAAGGAGUGGCCAUCACCCUUGUGAAAACAUUCAAAAUGACCAGAUUGGCUUGGACCUUCAGGGGGACGGAUGUUUCGAUUGUUGCGAGGAGCCAACAUGACGUGGUGGCAGUUCAGAAAAUGCCUGAAUGAGGUGUCUCUCUUCUGCACCCACUUAUGAGAAGCCCAUUCAAGCCCCCAAUUACCGUAUCAUUAGUCGAGAGUUAGUUAACUUUUAACAAUAUUCUAGUAUAAACGCCGCCAGGUCAUGUAGGCACCUCGCCACAAUCAAAACAUUCGUUUCCCUGUAGGUUCAAGCCAAUCUGGUCAUUUUGAAUGUUUUUACGGUGAUGAUGGCCACUAGCCUUAGAGCAGAGGCUAGGAACAUGGCAACAGGGUAGGCUGAUUAGCUGAUAUCAAAAGCGCCGACAAGGAGUCAGACUGCAAUAAAUGCACAACUAAGUUAUACUAGAAUACUAAAAAAGUGGUGUAAUUUUAAGUUUGCAUUAUCAACCUGCAAAGUUCCUGGCAACCUGCAAAAUUCCAACCUGCAAAAUCCCCAACCUACAAAAUUCCAACCUGCAAAAUUCCCAACCUGCAAAAUUCCAACCUGCAACCUGCGUUUUGUACCUGCCGGCAGUGCCACCCUUAAGGCUUAAUUAAUUAACAAAAAUGUAAUAGUACAUUAACAAUUACAACUGUAGAUUUACCUCGAAAGGUGAUCACUACAGUUUGUUUCAUCUGUGAAGAAUCGUCAUAAUUUAUAUUCACAAAUGAAACAGGCUGUAGUGGCAUUUUGAGGUAAGCAAAAAUGUGGGAAUGUUUUUGUGGAAAAGGCAAACUUUUUUGCCGGAAAAAAUUAUGAUAUAAUAUUCCAAAUCCACGUUUUAUCUCCAAAUCCGCAUUUUGUCCCCAUAUUCCGCAUACGCCCUUUAUCCUCACCCGUUGGAACCAUUCAUGUUUUGUCCGGAAAUCUUUCAACUUAGGCCCGUUUCAAACGUCCAACUUUCCAUGUGCUGAAUGCAUUAAAAACAAUAGAUAAUACGUUGAAAUACCUCAUUAUCUGUUGUUUUUUUCAAUGCAUUCGGCAUAGCCAUAGUCCAUAGGAAAAGUUCGAUGCUUGAAACAGGCUUCACAGUACUCACAGGUCAUGGCUAGCACGUGCACAACCGAAAGUUUUUAUUAGGUUUUCAUAAUUGUUUUUGUUUGUGGAAACACCACGUAAAUUUAUUACUGCAAAGCUUUCGAUCCGUAAGCCCGGAUCUUUCAGGUUUUCAUAGGUAUGUAAAAAGUACAGGUUGCGUUACAAAAAUAUGGUCAGCUUUUUGCUCAGGUUGAACUUUGGCGGAUUAAAUUAAUUAUGUGUAUUGUACCAUUUAUUUGACGGACACUUAUCAUACCGGUAUACACUCGUUUUCAACAGGUACAACAGAUUUUCUUACAACAAACCCAGGAUUUCUGAAUGAUGACAGCCUAGAGAAUGAACUUUUGUGCAAUAAAGAUACAGGGGGUCUCAAAAGCUUACAGUGCUGGUCGCGUGGAAUGUUUUUUGUUGUGAGUGGUGGUGGACAUAUAGAGUAUUGGCAACCUCUAUACAGGUAUGUGAGUUCAAAACAUGAUUUCAAUAACAUACAACAUAAAUUGUUAAUUGAACAUGGGGAAAUGUUGUGUAUGUUAUAUUAAAUUGCCGUUUUGUACUAACCGAGUAGCAGGUCCUUGGCUAUAUCAGUAUUGAGAGUUUCCGUGUAAAAAGGAAAUCUGAAGAAUUUUCUCACAAGUAUUUGUUUAUGUAACCUGGAUCAGGGGGUUUCCUGAAGCUGUAGCCUGCAAUCAGGCGGCGUUGGCGCGUAUUAAUGAAAAGUCACACUUGUGUUUGGCGAAAUAUUUAUAAUACCGCUCGCGUGCGAUUUUUCAUUAAUACUUCUCGAACCUUGUAAUUUCCUAUACUAAUUUUUAGAACGAACUUUAGUUAAUGUUUGCCUUAAUACCCUGUUUUGUCUAUUUUUAGGUCGGAGUCCCCAACCCAAGCCUACAUUAUUCUUGUUUUGUGGUUGUUUCGAAAAUUUAAAAUCCUAGUUAAUGAUGGUCAAACCGAAGAGCAAGUCCGAGAAGCCGUAUCGUCCACGUGUAUUGCUUAUGAUAACAUGUGCCAUGUUGACAGUUUAAAAGUAGCCAAAAAAGAUCUACCCUUUCCUUCACCGCUCAACGAGGCAUGGAAACUCGUGUCCAAAGUUAUUGAUCGGCUGCAUUUGAGGAAUCACGUUGAUCCCAAGUGUAAACAACUGUAUAAUGCAGAUGACAAGGUUCCUGAACAGUUCAACACGAUGGCUUGUGAGCAAACCUUUGUGUGGGCCAGCCGUUUCAAAAAGAUUAUUUGUGCAAUGCCUCACAUACAUCAGUUUUUCUUUCUUCAUCGCUUGGUGAAGUAUCGGAACCGUUACACUGAAAAAUGCCACAAGAAUUCAAGAACUCCUGUACUGCCGAGACUGGGAAGAAGUGCAGCGCCGUAG